CGUGCUGUCAGCAAGUGCUGUUGUUCUACUACUACUGUACCUGCUGACGACUCCAUGGAGUCUCGAACAAGCGAACGCCAGGGCGUGAUGCGCUUGAUGGCCACCACAUUGCUAGUCGCGGUCGGUUCAAGAGCGUUCCUUAUCAAAACAGCAGUGCCUCCUCGACAGCAACAUGCCCUACAAUCCAAAUUGCAACAUCAACCCUACCGACCACGACACAUGACGCGACACUCGGCGCGUUAUUGCGCGGGAUCGCCAGACGUUUGCGCUAUGCAGCAAGGGACUGCUGGCGCCAGCGGCUUGUCUGCCAUUCUCCCUGUCGACGCCGCUGCGACGCGAACGGAAGCUUUGUCUGGAUUUUUCCAGGCAGUCUUCCUGUCCACCGCGGUACUUGCGAACCCUCCCGACAGCAACUCCGAUGGCCUCGGCGUUGUGGACGACCUGCUGGCGGACUGCCCUUCGACUCCGACAUGCGUGAGCUCCCAGGACGACAGACCGUACCCGUUCAUGGAGCCUUGGUCGUACGACGGCCCCUUCGAGCGGUCAAUGAGCCGUUUGCGGAACUACCUCGAGUUCAAUGGCGCGAAGGUGAUCGCAACCUCCCCCCGUUACCUGCGGGUGGAGUUCGAGUCGCCGAACGCGAUACCCGCUUCGGUAGACGACGCCGAGUUCUACUUCACCCCCGGCGACGCCCUCGUGCAGUUCCGGUGCGCCAGGAGAAACGGGCCCACCGACUUCGGCGCCAAUCGGCGGCGCAUGGACGGCAUUCGGCAAGCGCUCAAGUUCGAAUCUAUCCCGGUGCUGCGCAACCGUAAGCGCGCCCUCUUUUUCGGCGAGAGCCCGAUCGAUUCUUUCGGCCCUUCCUUCGGAAUGGCGGAUCCGUCUGUGAUAUACGGGGACGCAGAUCCAAUGUCCCCGCCUUUCGAGACGCCUUCUGACGCGCUGCGCGAGCGGUACGGGGAGGGUGGAGGGGGAGCCGACCGGCCUGCUUGGUGGGGAAAACCGCUCGCCGAGGCCGGGGGGUUCGCAGACUGGAGGCAGAUGCCGUCCCCGGCAGCGGCAUGACAUUUUACGUUGUCGGACUCUGCUUUGAAAAAUUUGAGGAUGGCCAAUUUUGAGCAAGAGUUGAGGUGUAGAGAGUGCUGGGAAAUGUGGUGGUGGGCAGCAGUGAAUCGUCUUUGUGUGUGUGGCCGAAGCAACCGUGCCUUAUAAGAUGUCCUUAGCGGUAUGUAGCUGUAGAAAAUGUUUCAUGGCUACCGAAACAGGAGGAGAGAUGGCACCCCGCCCCUUUGCUUGAGGGGAGGGGCAGGGGGGGGGGCUACCAUCUUAGAGCAGCAACAGUGUAGCUACGACGAAGUAGAGCGGUCGGAACACGAACUCCAACGUGAGCCUUAUGUACCACUAAAUGGUAGAAUAUUUUCUUAGGCGAUGCCGCCUUUGUGCCUAUAACCUACUGGUGCAUUGUGAUCACGCUCUUAGAUCAAGAGGUCUUCUUGUUCCUCUAGACGGUUUUCUAUGUUUUUUUCUAUUGACGGGUUGCUCAAGCGUCAAGCUGAAAUCCACCUUGAUCCACGCAGGAAUAAACAGCCGAAAAUAUGACAUGUUCCCCCCGCAUUGGGACCCUCGGCGUAGAACAGGAGCAAUU